CAUUCACCACAAUUCACAAAAGACCACUGAAGGUCCUGUUGUGUAACUGAAUGAGAGCAUUGUGUAAACGUGUGUUAGUGAGGCCAUGUCUGAGGUGUUCAUUAAGAAAUUCCUCGGUGGAUUGGGGCUUUUGCAUAACGACAUUCCCACCUUCUCACGGAUACCCUAAUCAUUUAUUCUGAGUACACCACAGUCUGUGAUUUCUCGGGUUCAUAUACAUUUUCUGCAUUUCCUGAAUACGUAUUAUAUAUUUCAUAAUAAUCAUAAUACAAAAAAAAAAAAAAAAAAACCGAUAUGGAUCAUUCUUCUCUGCCUGAGGGAUUCUCUGAGCUCGAUGUUUUUGCACUGGGAUCAUGUCUGCUUGUGGAAGGUCUCUUUGGAUUUCUCAUGAAUGCUGUCACCGUUAUCGCUUUUCUGAAAAUACGAGAUUUGCGGACUCCGAGUAACUUCCUGGUAUUCAGCUUGGCUUUAGCGGAUAUGGGCAUUUCCACAAACGCCACUGUUGCUGCCUUUUCAAGUUUUCUGAGAUACUGGCCCUAUGGAUCUGAAGGAUGUCAAUCUCAUGGCUUUCAUGGAUUUUUUACAGCCCUCUCUAGCAUCCAUUUCAUUGCAGCCAUUGCUUGGGACAGAUACAACCAAUACUGUACCAGAACAAAGUUGCAGUGGAGUUGUGUCAUCACCAUCGCCACCUUUAUCUGGCUUUUUGCUGCCUUCUGGGCAGCUAUGCCAUUGAUUGGUUGGGGAGAAUAUGACUAUGAGCCCCUAAGAACCUGCUGUACACUGGACUUAAACAAAGGAGAUAGGAACUACAUCACCUACCUGAUUCCAAUGGCCAUUUGUAACAUGGGAAUACAAGUGCUUAUUGUGUUUUUCUCAUACAACUCCAUUGACAAGAAAUUCAAGAAGACAGGCCAGCAAAGGUUUAACUGCUGCACUCCUAUAAAGACUCUGCUCUUCUGCUGGAGCCCUUAUGGGAUCCUAGCCUUCUAUGCUGCUGUGGAAAAUGUGAAUGUUUUGUCUCCUAAACUGAGAAUGAUUGCACCACUUAUGGCUAAGACCUCUCCAACUUUCAAUGUGUUUGUUUAUGCACUUGGAAAUGAAAAUUACAGAGGAGGAAUCUGGCAGCUGCUUACAGGACAAAGGAUUGAACCUCCUGGUAUAGAGACUAAGUGUAAAUAAACUCAGCAUGUCAUAAUCAUUCAUUAUUCAUUCAGUCAUUUAUUCAAGUUCAUUAUCUGCUUUAUUUAGAUCAGGGUCACAGUGAAUUGAGAGCAUAUUGAGAGAACAGUGUUCAGUGUUGGGCAAUGGAACUUUGCCAAGUGUAAGGAAUUACUAGACAGAAGCUGGUCAUGUACAAGACAAUUAGACAUUCAUUCUACCGUCUCUCAUUCCCUCUUACAUGUUCACAUGCUCACAUAGUCCAUAUCUUUAACUGUUCACAUACAGUAUAUGGCAGUGGCACACUUCAAGUUAAGUCAAUUUUAUUUCUAUAGUGCUUUUCACAAUGGACAUUGUCUCAAAGCAGCAUUACAGGUCUUUCUGGCAAAAGUGUGUGGACACCUGACUAUCCUAGCUCAGCCCAGUCUCACGGCAUUUUGUGAUAUAAUCCGAAAAUGUAGUCUAUUGAUACGUGUUCAUAGACACAAAUUUCCCGCUUUUUUCAUGUCACUGAGGAUGACCUUCUGUGUAAUGUAUUACAAUAAGAAGUAUUUCUCAUGCCUCUGCUAAAGUUUUCUUUCUGCCACUGAAUACCACAGAUGCUAUAUUGUUUUUUUCUCGUUUGUUAUUGACUUUCAAGCACUAUUACUCAACAUUCAAGCAGAUUUUAUAUAUUUAUAUAUAAAUAGAUAUUUAUUUUUAUUGCUUUACUCUAUAUUUUACCCAGCUACUCACUAUUAUCAACCAUCGUUAGUGGUUCCUUUCAGUCAAAACACACUAAAUAUAUUCUCCCAGUUAAUUAAGUAAACUGUGUUAAUUAGAGACACACAUUUAUUACUGUAUAAUACUUACCCUUACCGUAUAUUUUCUGCCUUAUUUUUUUGAUAAAAAUGUGGAAAAAAGAUUACCUUUUGCAUUUCUGUCAGCAUCACCAAUGAUCUUCUGCCUCCGUUGCUAUGCAACAUAGCUAGAGAAAAAGAGGGAAAUUCGUGUCCAUGAACACGAAUCAAUAGAUUAACGAUUGUGACUAUAUGACGAAAUGCCAUAAGACUGUGUUGCACACCCAUAUGUAUAUGGGUCUUACUUAAACUGUUGCCACAUGAAGAAUGAAGUGUUUUCAUUUCCUUUAACUGAAACUGACCAGCUCAAACCUGACAUUGUAUAUGUGCGUGAAGUGAGCAUACUAAAUUUUUAGUGAAAGAACUUGUGUGGCCUGUGGCCUGAAAAAUCUGGAUAAACUGGAACGCAAACCAGGCCUCCUCACCUGACAUCACUGCCUGAGCUCACUAAUGCUGUUGUGACUAAAUGACCACAAAUUCCUACAACCAUGUUCCAAAGUCUAGUAGCAAGCAUUCCUAGGAAAGUAAAGGUCAUGGAGACUCAUCUCAUAUUCGUUACCAUGGUUUUAGAAUAAGACAACAAGUAAAUAUGGGUGUGAAGGGGAGGUUUCUUUUUUGCCUAAACAGAUCUCAUUUGAAAAGCUUACACUCCUACAAGUCAAUCAAAUUAGCCUUAAAGUUAAAGAAAAACUUUUUUUAAGCAAUUCCAUUGUUAUAACAUGUAAUAGAUGAUAAAAUCAGGAUAUGUGGUUCAUUGUAGGUAAAGAGAUCUACUAAACAUCUACUAAACAUAACAAAACAAAUUUUAAGUCACAUUUUUAGAUAUAAGCAUACAUACAUAAACACUACUUUAACUACUAAAGUUAACUAAACUACUAGAAUCCAGACAGAAAACAAAACCAUAAAACACAAAACUUUUACCAACAUUCAUCAUUCUGCACAUUAAUUCAGGUUGGGCUCUUUCCACAACCAUAAGGCACUGUUGAUCUGAUGGCCUGAAUCAACCACAAAGAGAUGUUUGUCCUUGGGUAGCAAACAAACAUUAGAAAAGGUUGUUAGUGAUCUUUUCUAAAUGUGUUGUGAUUUAUUCUAGUGACAAAUUGUGACAAUUAACAUUGAAUUGUCUUAAGUUGAAUUUGAUUUGAUUUGAUUAAUUAUGAGUUUGUAAUACUGUAAAUGUGAGCUGAUACUAGACUCUAUUAUUAUGAUCACUUAUACUGUAGUCACUGACAUGCACUGUGAUGUGAUUAAAGUGUUAGUUAAAUAACAGUCUUAAACGUUACAUAUUUGAUUGAAUAAAAUAUAUGUUGUUAAUUUAUUGAUGUUUUGAUGAGAAAGUCUAGCACAUUAUAUACAUAUACACGUGUAGUAAAAUUA